UUCCUGGUCUCAGUAAGGCCUUAACAGCUUGGCCCCGCUGGUAGUCUGGACCAGACUGAAUGCUGCCUUUUAAAUGACGGAGGGGCUGUAAUUUGAGAGUAGCAGAGGGGUAUUAUUAGCCAAAAGCCGAAGAGCGGUCCUUGAGACAUCCAGAUGUUGCGUUUGAGGCACCAGGCGAAGUCGGGAGUACAACUACUACACAAGCUAAGACAAACUUUCACACACAGCUGUGCUGCUCGCCAACGGUGAUACGAGGCGGCAGGCUGGAUUAAAGGGCGAAAAGUGGAGCAAUAAAAGAAAUUUCACGCAGAAUUUCGCUCUUUUGAGAAAAGGGACAUAGAGGCGGACGUUUAAACUGGAACAAAACUUCAACAAACGGCGUAGUUUGUUCGUUUAAACCGUGUUUGUUGAAAUGAAGUAGUCUAUCAGUCUGUCAGUAAUAUUUAAAACAAACAUUUCCUUCUCUUUUAAGAGUGUAUGUGGAACAAGUGAACAUCAUGGCUUUUCUUCACUUGCUCCUGAGUGCCGGUAUGUUGUCAAUGUCCGUGUAUGGAGGUUUUUUCCAGGGACCGUUACAUCCGGAGAUGUCUAACGGCACGUUUCAUCAUUACUUUGUGCCGGACGGCGACUACGAGGACAACGACGAUCCGGAGAAAUGUCAGAUGCUUUUCAAAAUGACCGACGAGCGAAAGUGCAGUCUCGACGAGGACCAGGACGCUGUCAUACGAGAUGAUUUCACAAUCAUCAAGCGGCAGAUUGAGGACUCUGCCAGGGUGCUGGAGGGGAUUGGGAAAAGCAUCUCGUACGACCUGGACGGAGAGGACAGCUACGGGAAAUAUUUGCGGAGGGAGACGGCCCAGAUAAACGAGGCGUUUACAAACUCGGAGAAAUCCCUGCUGGAGCUGGAGGUGAAAUUCAAGCAGAGCCAGGAGACCGAGCUGAAGGAGGAGCACCGGCUCAGUGACGACUUUCUCAACAUGAUAGUCCACACACGGGACGUCCUGAAGGAGACGUUGGACAUUUCUCUGGGCCUCAAGGACAAGCACGAGCUGCUGUCUCUGAUCAUCCGCAGCCAUGGCACGAGACUGAGCAGACUGAAAAACGAGUACAUGAAGAUCUGAGUUGAAAAAAAAAACUGUCCCUAAACGUCUCUUUACAGUAGUAUAAUAAAUUCUUAAUUUUUAUGGAGUUUGAAGGAGAGGCAGAAGCAAGGGUGAAUAUAGGACAAAAAAGAAAGAAAAUUUUAUAAUUAGUUUGUAUCUGUACAUGCAAAAUGUUUCAGGCACAUUUACCCCAUUUUUUUUCCUAUGAAGCCCCAAAGCCAACAUACCCAAAACAUUAAACUAGUGUGGAUUGUG